AAAUAUCAAUAAUAAAAAUAUCUAUCUUCUUGCUGCUCUGCUGCCUCUCUUCUCUCUUCACCUUCUUCUUCUUCUUCGUCAUUUGUGUGGCUUCGACUACAGCUCCCUCUACAGUCUCGUCCCUCCCAUUUUUUCAUCUCUUCCUCCCGCCUUCUGCUGUGUCGUAUCAAUUCCCAAUAUCAUCCGAUUCACCGCCAGCUUUCCUUCAAUCUGAAUAUAUAUUUUUUUUAAUUUUUUUUCUCUCCUUUAUUUGCUUUUUGGCGCCGCAGCUUCUUAUACUUCGUGUUGUUGCACUUAUUUCGCGCUGGGAUUGGCGUCCGUGAUUUGUGUUACUCACCUGCGCUCUUUCGCUUGUUACGGUUCUCAUCGAUGCUGCGGAUUGCAAAAUGGCUUCUGCUUCUUCAAUGUCGGUCUCCGUAGAAUGCUUGAAUAUAUGUAAAUUUCGGAAAGGAGACCUGAGUGGAAAGAAUGAUUACGGUGUGCUUUCAUGCGCUUCAAAAGCUCCGAGAGUGCUCAGCGGGUUUCUCGCAAGCACUGCUCAUCCUCAUCAAUCAUGUGGAAGAAUUGUGAGAAGAAAUAGCAGCACCCCAUAUAGAUGUGAAGAUUGGGUAGAGUCAUACUUAUAUGAGGUCUCCAAUUUCGCCAAUUCACGGAAGCUCAAACCCUCAAUCAUCGCUAAUUUUGCUCGUGGUACAUGGAAACUAUAUUGUUCUUCAUCUUCAUUUUCUUCAGAAUCAAGUGAGGUGUCUACCGAAAGCCUGUGGGAGAAUCUUAAACCUAGCAUCUCAUAUCUGUCUUCAAAGGAGCUGAAAUUGGUCCGAGAAGCCCUGAAUUUGGCAUUUGAGGCACAUCAUGGUCAAAAAAGGCGCAGUGGCGAGCCCUUUAUUAUUCAUCCAGUUGCAGUUGCUCAAAUUCUUGGAGAACUUGAAUUAGAUUGGGAGUCCGUAGCAGCUGGUUUAUUACAUGAUACAGUGGAAGAUACUAAUGUUGUUACUUUUGAAAGAAUAGAGGAGGAUUUUGGUGCAACUGUUCGUCAUAUUGUAGAAGGGGAGACAAAGGUAUCUAAACUUGGGAAACUCAAGUCAAACGAUGAUAACCUUUCUGUUCAAGAUGUAAAAGCUGAUGAUCUCCGUCAGAUGUUUCUGGCAAUGACAGAAGAGGUCCGAGUUAUAAUUGUGAAGUUGGCUGAUAGAUUGCAUAACAUGAGAACUCUGUCACACAUGCCUCCACACAAGCAGUACAGCAUAGCAAUGGAGACACUGCAGGUUUUUGCUCCUUUGGCAAAACUGCUGGGAAUAUACCAAAUAAAGUCUGAGCUUGAAAACCUGGCAUUUCAGUAUACAAAUCCUCAAGAUUAUACUCAAAUCAAAAGAAGAGUAGCAGAACUUUAUAGGGAACAUGAAAAGGACCUCAAAGAGGCAAACAAAAUUUUGCUGAAGAGGAUUGAGGACGACCAAUUCUUAGACCUUGUGACUGUAAAAACUGAGGUCCAGCCAGCAUGCAAGGAACCUUACAGCAUAUAUAAAGCUGUUCUUAAAUCUAAAGGCUCAAUAAAUGAAGUAAACCAGAUUGCACAGCUGCGAAUUAUUAUAAAACCAAAGCAAUGUAUUGGGGUUGGGCCUUUAUGCGGUGCACAACAGAUAUGUUACCAUGUGCUUGGACUGGUACAUGGAAUUUGGACUCCUAUUCCUCGAGCUAUGAAGGACUAUAUUGCCACCCCAAAACCAAAUGGUUAUCAGAGUCUUCAUACUACAGUGAUUCCUUUUCUCUACGAAAGCAUGUUUAGGCUGGAAGUUCAGAUUAGGACAGAAGAGAUGGAUUUGAUUGCUGAAAGAGGGAUAGCCGCUCAUUAUAGUGGUAAAGUUUUUGUAAAUGGCUUGGUUGGAUAUGCUAUGCCUAAUGGCAGAAACUCCCGAGGAAAAACAGCCUGCCUCAACAAUGCCAAUGUUGCUCUCAGGAUUGGUUGGCUCAAUGCAAUCCGAGAGUGGCAGGAGGAGUUUGUGGGAAAUAUGAGCUCUAGGGAAUUUGUUGAUACAAUCACCAGGGAUCUUCUUGGCAGCCGUGUCUUUGUAUUCACACCAAAAGGAGAGAUUAAAAAUCUGCCCAAGGGUGCAACUGCCAUUGAUUACGCAUAUAUGAUCCACUCUGAUGUUGGGAAUAAAAUGGUUGCUGCAAAGGUUAAUGGAAACUUGGUUUCUCCAUCCCAUGUGCUUGCAAAUGCUGAAGUAGUGGAAGUUGUAACAUAUGAUGGGCUCUCAAGUAAGUCAGCUUUUCAGAGGCACAAGCAGUGGCUGCAACAUGCUAAAACACGUAGUGCCCGACACAAAAUCAUGAAAUUUCUGAGGGAGCAAGCUGCAUUAUCAGAAACAGAAAUUACUGCAGACUCAGUGAAGGAAUUUACUUCUGAAUCUGAAGAAGAGAUAGAAUUGGAAACCGUACCCAAUCAUCGGAAAGGGGCUGAACACACAUGGGAGAAAAUUUUGAGGAAUAUUAUGCAAAUGGCGUCGGCCAAGAAGCAUAGUGAUGAAAUGUUUCAAAUUGACAGGGGAGCCAUUUGUAUUCCUACAGUCAAUGGAAAGCACAACAAGAAUAUGCAGCACGUGAAUUUGAAAGCCAAGGGGGAGAUGCUGUCUCAAGGAAAUGGGGUUGCUAACAUGAUUUUUAAGAACAUUCCUGAGUACAGAGAAGUUUUGCCGGGGUUAGAGAGCUGGCAAGCUUCCAAGAUCAUGUCUUGGCACGACCUUGAGGGGAACACUAUCCAGUGGUUGUCCAUAGUCUGUAUGGACCGUGUGGGUAUGAUGGCGGAUAUCACAUCAGCGCUAGCAACUGUUGGGAUUACAAUAUGUUCUUGUGCUGCUGAAAUUGAUAGGAGGAAGGGGAUGGGUGUCAUGUUAUUUCAUAUCGAAGCAAGUCUGGAUGAUUUGGUGAAGGGAUGCGCAAAGGUGGACGUAAUCCUUGGUGUUUUGGGGUGGUCAACAGGUUGCAGCCGGCCGAGCUCAUCAAAAGAGAGCCACAAGAUAUUAGAGUGUUAGUUAAUUGGAGGUGCACACUGCAACUACUGUAUUACAUCACUCUCAGCUGCUCCUAGCAGCAGCUGGGAUAAGUUUUGCCAAUGGAAAAAGAGUUUUUCCUUGUUUUUUGUUUUUUUUGGGGAUGCAGUUGUUUUGCAGUCAUUACAUACACAACAUCAUAACAGGUGCUGGGUUGGGGUUGGACUUUGGAGGUGAGAGUGUACAUAGAAAGAAGAGUGGUAGAGAACUCUGCUUUAAACUAGAGUAGUGGUAAAGAAUCAGUAUAUACUUACUUGUAAAUGGAAAUGGAGGGAUGGAUGAAGAUUGAUUUAAUCUUUUUUAUUC